ACGACCGGAAGUUUACAUGUUUUUGCCAAACAAAACCUGAGCUAACACUUUUAUUCGGUUUUCCCCAACCUUUGACGAUAAGUAUCUGCUUGAAACAUACAUAAAGGAAACAUGGUUUGUGACAAGUGCGAGACGAAGCUCGGUAAAGUGAUCACACCUGACACCUGGAAGGACGGAGCACGGAAUACAACAGAGGGUGGUGGGCGAAAGCUCAAUGAAAACAAGAUCCUUACUUCCAAGAAAGCCAGGUUUGACCCGUACAGCAAGACGGGUUUUGCUACCUGCAGGAUCUGCAGAAGCUCAGUUCAUCAGCAUGGAUCACACUACUGUCAGGGCUGUGCGUACAAGAAAGGUAAAAUAAACUCACUCACUUGACAGAUGUUCAAUAGA